AUGGCUACACCAACAACCAGCAAUAUUAAAUACGAAAUGCUCGAGGAUGAAGAUGAGGGAGAUACAUCAGAAGAAGGAUCAGAAAUAAUUAUUAUAACCCCAAUCCAUAGUGAUCGUGAGGACGAUGAUACACGUGUUUUGAACAUCGUUCUAUCAGCUAACAACAACAUAAGAAGGAAUUCAAGCCCUUCUUCAUUCACAGCUCAUCUCCCCCAUUUAACAAAUAAUGAUAGUAUCGCUUCUUCUAUGCCAGCCUUCUCUGCUCAGCCUUCUUGUGCUUCUUCUACGCCACCACCCCCACCUUACGAGGGAGCAGAAGCCUCUCCUCAAGCCAGUGGUACCACAACUUCGCUAAACUUGGCCGAGUCUGAAAGUCAAGACAUGGUCACGUUGAUGAUGAUUUCGAGCAGUCACAAGAUGUCACCAAGUAAUGGUGCUGUUCACCAGCAGAAUGUCCUGGGUGGUCACGCCUUACCUUCUUACGAUGUGGCAACUGACCUGCCUUCUUAUGAAGAGGCUGAAAGAUCAAAAGAAGAAGAAAUGAGACGGGCUGAACAGACUGACUCGCAACAACAAGACGAGGAAAGAAAUAACCUCGAUACUACCGAACAUCUCACGAGCAUGGCCAUAGGUACGGAUUGGACAUUCUUAUGCACUUUCAUCAUUUCAUUCUUGUUCAAUUGGAUUGGAUUUUUGCUGUCUCUCUGCAUCACAAGCACGAUAUCGGGCCGUUGUGGGGCCCUGUCCGGUCUUGGACUCUCAGUGGUCAAAUGGGUGGCCAUUGUCAAACACAGCAACUGGGCAAGUGGCUUUGCUGAGGAAGAAUCUUGGCUUUGGUGGAGCCUCAUGAUCUGCGGCUUCUUGCUUUUUAUCCGCGGAUGUGUCCAAUACAUUCACAUCAAAUAUGAGUGGAAAAAAAUUGCUGGUCGACUCCAGCAGUUCUAUUUUUUCUAA